CAUAUCCAGACACUUCUUGCGGAAUAAUAACACGUCUGCACAUGCAGUUGCGGUAUUUCAAAUUAACGUCCUACUUCACGGUCUAAAAUAACUUUAAAAUGGAGACAUCUCCUUAUUGCUGUGCAGGAAAGGAAGCACAUCAUCUUGACACAAGGCGUUACUUUCUCAUGAGGGUUUAUACCGGGUUAUAAAUACAAACACAUCUUUAACCAUUAGUCACUGCAGAACACGAUGUGUAAUGAAACCUUUAACUCCCAUUCUGCAAAAAGAAAUAAAGCAUUCAUUGAAACGCAUUUUGGCUAAGUGAAGGGACGAGUCUGUUAGGAGCCUACAGCCCCUUUACAGAAAGUGGAGAGGAGAUGAAGCACGUCCAGGCGGCUUUUCAGAUCAUAGGCAGCAUGAAUCACCUUCUAAAAUUGCUUGCCUAUUUCCACUGCGUUCCCAAAUUGGAUACCUUAAUUAGGUGCCUAAAGUUAGUGGGGAUUAAUUUGGGCCCAACUGCAUAAAACUAUUAGGUGAUGAGGACAUUAACCUCAAGAAGCCCAGGGAUGAAGAUGGUGAGGUGAGUAUGUCCCACUGAUUUGAUGAUAAUGAGAUGUCUCUGAGAAGAUGGAUGAAAUGGCCUUUCACAGACAGUUUUGCUCUCUGUGAAACAGAUUGUAACUUUUCAAUUCCUCAUGUGUCUGAAAGAGGCUAAGAGUAUUAAUGAGUUACUUAAGAGGUACUUUAGUAGGGAAAGGAAGAACUUCAUCAGUCCUGUCAUCUGUUCCUUUACAGAUUCUAUUUUAUGUAAAUGGGAUUUAUUACAUCUUUUACUUCUUGGCGACUCUUGCAAUGAUUGUUUAUAAAAGUCAAGUUUUCAGUUAUCCAGAUGAUUUUUUAGCUCCUGAUCUUGUGUUGCUUUUCAUUAUGGCCAUUCUUGAAGUGCUCCGAUUAUACUUGGGUUCAAAGGGUAACCUGACAGAAGAAGAGGCUCCAUUAGGGCUCAGUCUUGUGAUCACGGUCGGAAGUGUGAUUCUGUCUGUGUAUUUCCUGGUGUGGCAAACGUAUGUGCUGAAAGCAGACGUCAUUAUGAACGCUGUUCUUCUCCUUACAUACGGGCUUGAGUCAGUACUAAAGGUCAUAGCCAUUGCUGCUUUUGUCAGCUAAACCCUAGCAGUUUUCAACACAUUUUCAACACAUUUCUUCUAUAAAAGAGUGGUUCUGUAUUUCAAAUAUUUAGUUCUUUUGCAUAUAAAAAUCCUGUAAAACUUUCCCCUGUUUAAAGUACAAAUUUUUGAGGGGCAGAGAUCUCCCUGAAUAGUAGGUAAAAUAUCCUGUCUAGCAGCUGUGUUAUACUAUCUCAUCAGUUAGCUUAUUUAUGGGCAAAGGCAAGAGAUGAUUCAGCAAAAACACUUAAUGCUCUAGUAUCCAUCAGGGAUCGAUACUGAGUAUUCAUUCCCAACACAGAAUAGUAGCCAGUGCAUCAUCUGGCUACAUGCUGUUGAGAUGAUGUGAGUUUUCAUGCCAUAGCAGCAAUGUACAACCAAAGUGACACAGAAAUGAAUCAGGCCAAUAUAGUAUGGACUCAUUUCUGCCUUACCACAUACACGGUCGUGUUUGAGGGCACAGUUUCUCUUCUGCUCUCAUUUGUGUUUUCAGACCCCAGUGGUAAUUUCCCUGACUUUAGUAGGGCAGUACCUGAUUUAUCCCAGUGGGAGAGAGUUGAAUUGAGUUUUGCGCAUACCCGGAGAGCCGAGCUGCAGGGUUUGGGCAGCUGGUUCUUACUGACGCAGAGGCCAAAGGCAGUCGUGCGAGGGUAUAUUUGUUUAAAUAGGAUGGCCUUAAGAUGAGCAUAAACAUUCACCAUUCACUCACCCUUCUGUCCUAUUUAAAACUCCAACAGAAUGUUGUCAGGUGUAUUUCUAUUUGGUGUUAAAUGUGUUUAUUUCCAUGAUUCUGCAAAAAUUACUACAUUCAAGCCUUGUCUUUUGAAUGAAGAACUGUGUGUAAUUUCAGAUUUUUUAACUGUGUCAAAAAUAUGUAUGUAUUAAUGUAAAGCUUGGGGAGUUUGUGGGGUUUUUGUACAAGCAGGUUUUAUAUUCAGA